AUGGUUGGAGCAUCACUUCUUCAGUCUGAUGAUGAUUCAGAUGUUCCUGAUUUGGAUCUUCGUGGAGCUGUAUCUAAUUCUUCCCGAAGGAGAACCUUCUUCAAUAAAUCAACAACCGAUUAUGAAGAAAUCCGUCAUCGACAGAAAACCUACAAAACCAUUUUUCUUAUUAGUUUUCUCUUUAUUUUCAUUGUUGCUCUCUACUUUUUGUAUACUGCAAUGUGUCGUGUCAAGCUGCUUUCAGAAGAAAUUGAAGAACUUCGUCAAAAAAUGGGAAAUGUCGAGGACUUUCAAAUAGAGCUGAAAACUAUACGAAUACAAUUCGAAGUGAUUCGGGAGAAUGAAAUUGAGAAUGAAGAGAGGAAUGGAACAGUGAGAACUGGAAGUACAACUGGAAUGAUUUAUGAUAAAUUGGCAAAUAUUUCAAGCAGAUUUGACCUACUUUGGGAUGGAUUUCAGAAGAACUCAAUGAGUAUGGAUGAUGUAACUUCUCGGAUGUCUCGCGUUGAAAACAAAUGUUUAGCAGUUUGUCAGCAACACGAUUCAGUGGGCGGAGUCGCAAUGCCACGUGGCAGAGAGCAACCACGUAGAAGGCAAGCUGCUGGAAAGGUUAAGACGGCUGGAGGAGCAGAUGAAAUCGUAUUCAGAAGAAACGAUUGA